GUAGACGAAACAGGUUAACUGGAGUUAAAAGUUUAACCCGAGCAUGUCCGAUGGAGUCAGUGAAAGAAGCUUUUCAUUUUCAUUUCAGCUAUAUAGAGGGAAGACGAAAAGAUAAAUAGAGAGGGUAGAUAAUAAGAAAGCGGUUUUUGGGUAUUUGGUAAACGUUGAGAGGGAAAAAGAAUGAGCAAGAAAAAGCGGUUUUUGGAAACCCAAAAAGGUGGUAUUGGUUACUAAUUGCAAGACUCAAAAGGUAAAGAGUGGUUUUGUAACUGAAAAAAAAGCAAAGCUAGAAAGAUCAGUAGAAAGAGCACAAAAGCUGUUACAUACACUUAGGUGUGUUUACAUUUAGAGAGAGAAAGAAAAGAAGGAGAGGUGCAAAAAAUGGGUGAUUAACUAUUUUGUUUGCUAGCUAAAAUGGAUCUUUGGAGGUUUUUGGUUUGGAUUUGUAAUGAUGAUAAUUGGGUAUGUUGAAGUGCGUGAACACUGAGAAAAGUUUUUUCUACAAGCUUUGUUCUUACCGUCCUUUUUUUUUUUUUUGGUUCUUAUCUUUUAUUGUUCUGUGAAAUUUUGGGUGGGUUUUUCUUGUGCCUUUAAUGGUUCUGGUUGAAGGGCAUAGAGGAGGAGCCUCUGCGUUACAUAGUCAAAAUACAGGUAUGGGAAGUGAGGAUUUGUAUAGAGAGCUCUGGAAGGCAUGUGCAGGGCCUUUAGUGGAUGUUCCUCGGGAUGGAGAAAGAGUUUACUACUUUCCACAGGGUCACAUAGAACAAUUAGAGGCUUCGACAAAUCAAGCUGUGAAUCAACAAAUUCCGCAGUUUAAUCUUUCUUCUAAGAUACUCUGCCGCGUUGUUCACGUCCAGUUACUGGCGGAAACAGAGACUGAUGAGGUCUAUGCCCAGAUCACAUUGCAUCCUGAGGCAGAGCAAGAGGAGCCUUCUAAACCUGAUCCGUGCCCACCUGAUCUGCCAAAACGAACGGUUCAUUCAUUUUGUAAGAUUUUAACCGCAUCAGAUACAAGCACUCAUGGAGGAUUUUCUGUUCUCCGAAAGCACGCUAAUGAAUGUCUCCCGCAACUGGACAUGACUCAGGUGACUCCGACCCAAGAUUUGGUCGCCGAAGAUCUUCAUGGGUAUGAGUGGCGAUUUAAGCAUAUCUUUAGAGGCCAACCUCGAAGACACUUGCUUACUACUGGAUGGAGUACAUUUGUAACCUCCAAGAGAUUGGUUGCUGGUGAUGCUUUCGUAUUCUUGAGGGAUGAUAAUGGAGAACUGCGUGUUGGGGUUCGACGUCUUGCUCGUCAGCAAAGUCCUAUUCCUCAGUCUGUGAUAUCCAGCCAAAGUAUGCAUCUUGGAGUUCUUGCGACCGCAUCUCAUGCUAUUACAACUCAGACUCGUUUUGUUGUGUUUUAUAAGCCAAGGACAAGCCAAUUUAUAGUUGGAUUAAACAAGUAUCUGGAGGCUGUGAGUCAUGGGUUCUCAGUGGGCAUGCGUUUCAGGAUGAGGUUUGAAGGAGAAGAUUCUCCUGAAAGAAGGUUUACAGGAACGAUAGUUGGAACUGGUGACAUUUCCUCGCAAUGGUCAGAAUCUAAAUGGCGUUCCUUGAAGAUUCAAUGGGAUGAACCAGCAUCCAUGAUAAGGCCAGACAGGGUUUCGCCAUGGGAGAUAGAGCCUUUUGUCGCCUCUACUUGUUUAGAUGUUGCACAACCUGGAAUAAAGAGCAAAAGACCCCGUCCCCUUGAUCUUCCCCGCACUGAAAUUGCAGUUGCCUCAGCUGCUGCUUCAUUCUGGUGCCCUGGAUCUGGUCCUACUUUUGAAGCGAGUCACUUAGGUGGUAUUGCUGUACAAAGCCAUGAUAACCAACUAUUCUGGUCCUCGAAGCAGAAUAGCAGCCUCUCCAACGGCGUGAGCAACACUAGUUGUAGGACACAUCUCAGUGGAGCUUGGCAGCAUAGUAUGCUUGCAAAUGGUUCCCUCAAUCUGAUUCGAGACUCUAUUGAAGACAAUAAGCCGCUGAUCACACGAUCAACUUUGUUGGAUUAUGGUUCUCCGAUGUCUUCAAGGGUAAGUAAUGGCCUCUUACAUGACCAAGUGAAUAGGGGUAAUAAGCGUGAGAUGUCUUCUGGUUGUCGCUUAUUUGGAAUUGACUUGCGGAACAACUCUAAUAAUACGUCUACUAAGGCGAAAGAAAUGCUUGGUCCCAAUGUUACAUCCAACUGCGCUGAUGAGGCACCCAUUGUGCCUGACGAGUCUGGAGUUGUUAAGGACCAGAAUGUUGAGCAUCUGAAUCCUUCAGAAGAAAAGAGACAAGUCCAAUUGGAGGCACUUCCAAAGGAUGCACACAAGCAGGGCCUCACUUCUUCAAGAACUCGUACCAAGGUACAUAAGGUGCAAAUGCAAGGGGUUCGUGUUGGACGUGCGGUUGACUUGACUGCACUAAGUGGCUACGAUGAUCUUAUCAGUGAGCUGGAGAAGAUAUUCGAUAUCAAGGGAGAGCUUUGCCCUCGAAACAAAUGGGAGGUUGUUUACACAGAUGAUGAGGGUGAUAUGAUGCUUGUGGGGGAUGAUCCAUGGCUAGAGUUCUGUAAGAUGGUGAGGAGGAUAUUUAUAUAUUCUAGCGAGGAAGUGAAGAAGAUGACUCCUAGAUGUAAGCUUCCUAUCUUAUCAUUGGAAGGUGAAGGGACAAUGCCGAGUGUAGAUUCAGAGCUAAAGGCUGAAGGAUGAUGAAAACUUGCACAAAAUUGUUGAUAUAUGGCUUAACGAAUAGACGUGUUUUUUUUUUCUUUAUUUAAUUUUUGCGUGUUUCGCUUCUCUCAUAAGAAAAACUAGGAAGGCUCUGGAGUUUGUGAUUUGCUCCAAAGUAGAAAAGCAGUGAGGAACUGGAUUAAUGUUAGACUUUACUAAUCUUGUAGUUGAGAAACUUGGUGAAGGUUUAGUUGUGGAAAAUGUGAAUACUUUUGUGGUUGA